CGUAAGACAACCACGGCAUCCAAGAUUUGCGACGACGUUUUAAUUCCUACAACAUCUGAUCUUCAGUAGACUCUUAUCGCAUAGAUUUAUUCCUGUAACGUAACAACAACUCCGCCUCAGUUACGACCAUGUCUGUGCCGGAGUCCAAGUAUCUGAGCCCCGUGUGGCGGGAUGGAAUAUUCGACGGUCGCGUCGUCUUCGUGACGGGCGGCGCAGGCACCAUCUGCAGCAUGCAGACGAGAGCGCUGGUCCGGUUGGGUGCAAAUGCUUGCAUCAUCGGGAGGAGCGUGGAGAAGACCGAGGCAGUGGCCAAGGACAUUGCCACGGUGAGGGCCGGCGCAAAGGUCCUGGGCAUAGGAGGCUGUGACGUCCGCAAAGUUGAGAGCCUGCAAGCUGCAGCAGACCGAUGCGCGCAGGAACUGGGAGGCAUCGACUUUGUCAUUGCGGGAGCUGCAGGCAACUUUAUCGCCCCCAUCGAAGGCCUGAGCUCCAACGCCUUCAAGACCGUCAUGGAGAUUGACGUACUGGGCACGUUCAACACGAUCAAGGCGACCAUGCCGCACCUCCUGCGCAGCUCCAACCCGCGCAUCAUCUACGUGUCGGCUACGUUCCACUACACCGGGAUGCCGCUGCAGGCGCACGUGUCGGCGGCCAAGUCGGCCGUGGACUCGCUCAUGGGCAGCGUGGCCCUCGAGUACGGCCCGCGCGGCGUCACGAGCAACGUCAUCGCCCCCGGCGGCAUCGCGGACACGGAGGGCCUCGCACGGCUGGGCAGCGGCGCUGCCGCCGAGCAGGCCGAGUACGCCAAGGGCAUCCCGUCUGGGCGAGUGGGCACGGUGAGGGACGUGGCGGACGCGACAGUGUUCCUGUUCAGCGACGCCGGCAGCUACGUCAACGGGCAGACGCUACCGGUAGACGGAGCAGCAUGGCGACGGCAGGGAGCUAUCAGCGUGGGCGUUGACAAGGAGAUGGUGUAUCCCGAUUUCCUGCUCAAGGGGCAGAUCUCGCAGCAUCUCAGGGAUCCCCGCAAGGAGGGCGGCAACGGCAAGCCUAAGUUGUGAUAUUGGAAAGCCAAAACUCAACCAAUAACAGGAUUCGGUUUCAUGGUCUAGUUGGUUAUGGCAUCUCGCUCACACCGAGAAGGUCUCCGGUUCGAGCCCGGGUGAAACCAAUCUUUUUUUGCACUUUUUGUGCUUGUGGUGGAUGCUGUGGAUGUUACGUGGGAAUGCUUUUUUGUUAGUGCGCCGUGAUGGGUCAGGAUGCCGAGGUCGGGGUGUGGUGGAGCUGCGACUAGAGAAUUCCGGGAAAGAUAAACAUGGGUCGGGGCUUUCGAGCACGGGUAUCGUCUUAUAUCGCGGGUGAGUUGGUCAGACUCACCCGGGCUCUGGGCUGCCGGAGAUGCGUGAAUCGCAUAUGGAGAGUAGACACAGAAUCGAUAGACACACUUGCGUGCCGUGUUCCGAGUCCGCGGAGUCGCUUGAUCGUGGAGCCCAAAACAUCUCCGUACUGGGAAAGGUGACAAUGCAAUCGUUGAUAGGG